AUUAUUGGAUUGACUGAACCACGUGGGUGCGGACAAGCCACGUGGGUACCUUGCCAAGAUGGACAAAGCCUACAAGGACCAUUUGGAGAAGGAUCAACUCGAAGCAGGAACUCAAGGAUAUUCAGCAACACCACUGCUUUUGUUUCUCGUUCACGUCUUCUUGUUUUCUUCUUCUUCUUCUUCUUCUGCUUCAGUUAUUUCGCUUACUUCUGAUUCGGAUAAAGUUUCAGUGGCUUUGUACUAUGAAUCCCUGUGCCCUUACAGUGCCGAUUUCAUAAUCAAUUACCUCACUAAGCUCUUCGAUGAUGAUCUCAUCUCCAUCGUCGACCUCCCCCUCGUCCCUUGGGAAAACACCAAGCUUAGAGGGAACAACACCAUUGAUUGCCAGCACGGCCCAUAUGAAUGCUUAUUGAACACUGUGGAAGCUUGUGCCAUUGAUAUAUGGCCUCAACUGCGCCAGUACCCUGAAUGGGAAUCAUGCUUUGAGAAAUUAGUAUUAGACUCUAAACUCAUUGCAGAUUGCUAUACUAGUGGACAUGGGAAAGAGCUUGAACUAGAAUAUGCAGCUGAAACAAACAGCCUGCAUCCUCCACACAAGUACGUGCCUUGGGUUGUUGUGGAUGGGCAGCCACUUUAUGAGGACUAUGAAAACUUCAUAAGCUAUGUGUGCAAGGCUUAUAGGGGCAGUACCAUCCUCAAAGCUUGCAGCGAACUAUCCAUUGAUAAAAUCAUUCAAGGGAAAUCCACACAUCCAGUUUGCUACAAGGAAACAACUGUGCCAUCAUUAUCGUCAUGAAUUGCCUCAGCUUUAAGGUCAUGUAUGGAUGCAGAAGACAACUUCCGAGUAAUCAUCUUCUGCAUUUCAUCAGCCUUGUGCUCAUGGAUGCAGAAGAUGACAGCUUAAGUGUAAAUCAA